GGAGCUUAAUAUUUAACAUGCAAAAGACUUCUAAUUCUCAGCUAUUAAAGUCGUUUUUGCAUACGUGGACUCCUUGUAUGCUGUCAAAUCGAGUUUCUCCAAGCAAGCAAAUAUUGCGAUAUCCUGAUACCACGUGACACGCACUAGCGCGAAUCUGUAGCGGGCCUUCUUGACUUGCAAUUUCUACACUUGCCAGAUUUUUCUCCGUGUAUGUCACGGACAUACGGAUUUACACAUCCCUCCUCCUUCCAGGGUUAGGACUCGUCCAAAGCCUCGGAAUACUUUCAUCGCUGGGGAAAUGUGAACCCUGUUGUGCAGCAACUUAUCUUGUAGACCUUUGAAUCUGCAUGGAAGAUCCUGAAAUAUGGAGUCCCUAGCAGAUACUCCUUGGGAUGUAACGAUAUCCGGGACAGGGCUCGCCCAGUCACUUCUCGCAUUAGCCCUGUCCCGCUCAGGUAAGAAAAUCCUUCACGUGGACAAAAACACGUAUUAUGGGGGCGCAGAAGCUGCAUUUAGUCUCCAGGAGGCGCAAGAAUGGGCGGAUUCGUUGAAUAAAGAGCCUGGUCGUGAGCCGUUCGAAGAUGUCUCUAUCCACUUCCCUUCAAGCGCGUCACAUGGUGGGAAGGCACUUGCAAGCUCCAGGGCUUACUCUCUCUCACUGUCGCCAUACCUUGUGUAUACUCGAUCGAAGCUGCUCCCCGCUCUCAUCUCAUCAAAAGUUUACCGCCAGCUGGAGUUUCAAGCUGUGGGGAGCUGGUGGGCCUACGAGGAUGCCGCGACGACUGAAGGAACAAAGUCUAUGUCGGGGAAUAUUCGACGAGUGCCGGGUAGCCGUGAAGAUAUCUUUGCUGAUGACUCGAUAAGCAUGAAGGAGAAGAGGAUGCUCAUCAAAAUUCUCCGCAGUGUCAAUCAAUCGUCUCAGUUGGGCGAAGAACAAGAGGAUGCUAUCGAGGAAGACCUGGAUUUGUCCUUUCCAGACUAUAUGGCCAACAAGUUUAACGCACCAGCCAAACUUAACAACGCUCUGCUUUCUCUGUCCUUGAGCCAAAAGUUGCCACAACAAACAAGCGCGAGCUUUGCCGUACCUCGUAUUAAACGACACCUGGCCUCUAUGAACGUCUUUGGCCCAGGGUUUUGCAGUCUCCUUGCCAAAUGGGGCUGCGGUGCAGAAAUUGCUCAAGUUGGCUGUCGUGCCCUCGCGGUCGGCGGCGGUGUUUAUGUCUUGGGUCGAGGAAUCCAAUCUAUCAAUGCUCAAAAAGAUGACGCAAAUUUCCACUCCAUUACUCUGUCAGACGGCGAAACGAUACGCAGCAACCACAUUAUAGGGAGCCCCUGGGACUUGCCUGCAGAGGAAAGCAGUUCCAAAAUUACUACACAAAAAGUUGCGCGUUCCAUCUCGAUCAUCUCGUCACCGUUGGAGCCUCUUUUCCCUCGCAUUGCGGAAGGGGGCACAAUCCCGGCAGGAGCUGUGGUAGUUGUCCCUAACCAAACACUUUCCAGCGACGCCCCAGACUCUCCACCUGUGUAUUUACUCGUUCACUCUAGUGAUACGGGCGAAUGCCCUGAUGGACAAUGCGUCAUUUAUGGAAGUGUAUCAGUAGGUGGACAGGACGGUCAGGCUCUCUUGGCAGCCGCGGUCAACCAGCUGCUUGAGUCUAUCACCGAGGUCGAAAAUACACCCACCGUGCUGUGGACUUUAAGAUUCACCCAGAUCGGUAUUCUAGACAGCGACGUUAGUCCAGCCAAUAUUUAUCGGAGUUCCGUUUCCGACAGAAUUAUUUACUUUCCGCCGCCUAACCUUGACCUUGCGUUUAAUGAUGCGAUUGUUGACAGUGUGAGAGCCGGGUGGAAAGCUGUUCUCGGCGACGAAGCACAAGAUGAUGACUUUAUGAAUUUCGAGGAUCGAGAGAAAUACGACGAUGAUUCGUGAUAUGAUACAUAUGCAUAUAGUACUGAUACUAUUCCUAAUACAACGUAUUAUAGCCGAGUAGAUUAUCAGUAUCGGCAUCAACGAUCCAAACAGAUCGACAGUUGUAGCUUCGCCGUUUCCGUCGUUAAAGAAUGCCGCCAAGCCCAUACUUCAACGUUUCAAUCAAAUAUGACAGGCCCGAUAACAUUGAAGAUCAAUUGGCUUGCAGAUAACGACAGACUCAUACGUCAUACAGCU